ACGUUGAAGACGCGAUUCAUUUACUUUCCUCUUUUCACUCUCGUCGGGAGGAAUUGCCAGCUACACUCUAGACGAUGGCUCCCGAGAAGAAGUCAAAGGCCGGAAAGGGUCAGAAGACCUCUGCUGAAGCCCUGAAGUCAGAGACAAAGGUUGCUUCUGCCUCGCCUGCCCUUCUUGCGUCCAUCACGCAAUUUUUAGGAGAUCAUGGAUACGUUAAAACGAAGGCUGCUUUUAUCGAAGAGCAGAAAGGAAACGCACAUGCCGCAAAAGCCAUGCGACAAUCUCACACCGGCACGGAGGGGAUCCCUUCUCUAAAUGUCAUUUAUGAGCUUUGGGAGGCUCAGAAUGCUGGAAAAGACGCCGAUUACAAUGGCGAUGAGGACUCGGACUCAGAUUCAAGUGUCGCGAGCUCGGAUGUCUCAAUGGAGGACGCGGGCAGCAGCUCAUCCGAGAGCGAGGACAGCUCCGACGACGACAGCAGCGACGAUGAUGGAAAAGGAAAAGCCUCCAAACUGGCUCCGACAGCCAGAGAGAAUCAAUCUCUCAAACGCAAACUGGAAUCAAACUCAUCCUCCUCUGAUUCUGACUCUGACUCCGACUCUGAAUCGGAUUCCGACUCAGACGGCGCUCCCAGUCCGAAGAAAGCAAAGCUGGAGCUGGUUACAAAGAAAUCAGCAGAACCCGAUUCUGACUCCUCCGAAGAUUCUAGCUCUGACUCUGACUCGGACUCGGACUCGGACUCGGACUCUGAUAGCGAAGAAACGAGUGACAAGAAGGCAGAUUCGGGCUCUGAUUCAAGUUCGGAUGCGGAUUCAGACUCUGACUCCUCCGACUCGUCUGACUCCGAUCCAGACUCCGAUUCAGACUCUAUCUCUAAUGCAGAAACCAAGAAAGAAGCAUCAACCCUAAAGAAGGCUAUCAAAACUCCGCUCCCUGAAUCAGACAGCGACAGCUCCUCUUCCGACUCCGACUCCGACUCCGACUCGUCAGACAGUGAUGAUGACGAUAACAUUGCCGAAUCCUCUGCAGCCGAUGAGGGAAAGAAUUCUUCAGAUUCCAGUGCUACCCUGGCAGCAACAUCCGGCCAAAGUGAUUCUGACUUCAAGCCAAAGCCCGCUCCCAAAUCAGUUCGCAAACACGUGGGAGCCAGGCCAACCCCCUUGGCUGCAGCCAGCGAACUGCCUCACAACCACCCAUCUAACGCAUACGUUCCAUAUGCAUAUGCUGAGCGUGCUCACCGUGAUCUGUCAGUCACCCGCGGCAAAGGCUUUACCAAAGAGAAGAACAAGAAGAAGCGUGGCUCUUAUCGUGGUGGACCAAUUGACAUCGGCCCAGGCAAAAGUUUCAAGUUUGAAGACUGACCAGAACCGGAUCUGAACCUAUGCAUCCCUUUAUCCUAGGAGGCUUACUUUACCCACCCCCUUCCCCUCUCUUAUGUUUGGAGUCUAUGUAGCAAGGCGUUUUUGCGUUCAUGGUCCAUGAUUUCUGGGCUUUUCUUUUUCAAGUUCAUACAUGCCAUUUAGCUGGCUAGGAUUGUCCAAUGAAGCCUCGUCCGCGAGCGUACUUCAACUCAAAUAAGCAACAAUAUGGCAAAAAGAAUCAAAAAGUUAGAUGAAUAAAUUCAGUAAUUUCAAUGACGGAAGAAGCGACACAGCCACUGUCGAAGCAUUCGCGUCCGUCAUUAAUGCCUAUGACAUCUGGGGAGACACACCGCGCGUUAUUAAUAUACCACCGGAAUGCUGGAUGACAAUCCUAUUAGUAGAUAGAUAAGAAGACAAGAUACCAAAAUAGAAGGUCUAUUAAUUUAGCCUAAAGGAUCGUCAGUAUAUUAAUAAAACCUUCAACAAACUAUACUAAUAGGGUAGAAUAUUAUAGGUAGAUACCUAUACCUCUUCUAGCUAUCUAAUCUUCGUGGUAUAGAAGACUAUUGUUAACCCUGAUAGAACUAAAAGGGAAAAGGGUUAAGUAGUUAUAGAUAUCCGAGGUCUUAAUAAGAUUAUAGUCCCUGAUAUUUACCUAAUACUAGUAUAAGAUAAGAUAGUUUAACUAGUUAUUAAGUAUAAAUAUAUCUCCGUCUUUAAUACCGUAUCCUUUUUCUAUUAAUAGCGCCUUAGACCAGAUCACCA